AUGGCACCGAGUCCAUCCUACUCCGUUUUCUGGAGUUUUUUCUCCUCUAGGCACUUUCUCGCUCGGAUUGUGUCUACUCUGCUAUGCUCCAUCCUUAUCGUUAUACAACCUUUCUCCAAGUACGGCGGUAGCCUCGCGUUUUUAGCGCUGACAAUCAAGGAGCUCAAUUUUGCACCUCAAGAUAAUCUGGCACAUCAAUUGGAGGGCCUGGUUCUAAACCUGUUUGGUGGUUUAACUGGGAUUGGGAUCUCGUUAUUAGGAAACUAUAUCGCAAGCUUAACAGGUGAUACCGCACUUGCUCGAACUAUCCCCGCAGUUUUUCUUGCUUUCAUCUGCUUUUUGAUGGGUUGGUUGAAGAGUGCUCUUCCUCGUCUCACCAUGUCUUCACGACUGGUGUGCUUCAUUUCGAUUUGGAUGUUCACCCAAGAUCCCGGGGCGAAGAGUGAAUCUUCGUUGAUGGCUCUUUACUGCGUCUGGCUGGUGCUAACAGCCGCUUUCACUUCCUUCUGUUCAUGUUUGAUCUUCCUUCGUUGGUCGACAGCACAUUUUGCCCAGGAUAUCGCAUCCGCGCUUUCUAGUCUCCAUCAUUGCCUCGAGUCAAAUUUACAGUCACCAUUCCAAUUCAAUCCUGAUACUCCUGCCGCUUCCAGUGCGACACUUACUAGCUUGCGCGCGAAAGCUGUAGCACUCAGUUCAAGUUAUCAGCAAGCCUCUUUCGAGCUUCGCUUCGGUCGCAUCGGAGUCAAAUCAAUCAAACCCCUCAUUUCUAUUGUGGAGCAUCUUCGUCGUGAAAUAUCCUGGGGAAUGUCAUUUCCACAGGCUGAAGUACACUAUUCGCCUUCCGACGCAUUCGAGGGCACAGUAAUAGGCUUCUUCCGUCAACCAGCCACGGACUUGGGUCAUGCCAUCCUUGACUCUAUAUCGCUUGUUCGGUCCGUUGUACUCAAAUGCUACGACGCUCCUGCGCCUGUCGCGAUGCUCGAUGACUCCACAAUAAAUCUUGCAAAGGACCAGUUGACUGAGUCAGUCCAAAGGGCUAGGGCUGAGCUCGAAAAGUUUUGUGAUGAUUUGGACAAGGAACGACGCAUAUCAUCAGACGAAAGUUCAGAUCUGCCUCCAAGGGCGUUUAAUUUGUGUCUGUUCAUGAUAUCUCUACUGCAGAUGGCGGAAGAAGCUGAACGAGCUCUCAAUGUCGCACAUGUGAUUCUACAUUCUUAUCAGACUUCUUCGGUGCGCCUUUGGCAUCCCCGACUUUCCUUGGCCUGGUUUGGUGUUGCUCCCAGUACAAUUUUGCUGGAGGAAACCGAAACUCUCCCCGAAAAUCUCUUCGCACUUCAAGACCUAAAUAAUGCAGUAGAUCCUUCAUACAGACCCUCAGAAGAAAUUCUACAAGAAAUAUCAUUGGGUCGUAAACUCCAGCGAAACGACAUCGAAGAUCCGGGUACGAAAACGAAAGGCGUCGUUCGUAUGCUCUAUCGGUUCAGGUUCAAUAAGAUCAUAUGGUCUCUAUGGAAUCAUCCGAUAAUCCUACAGGCACGAUUGAAGCUACAUGAGCUGGUCAUGUCAUUCAAAAAAUCAUCUCGCAUAGAUAUCAAACACGCCUUCAAGAAUGCAUUGGGUGUGUCAAUGUUAGCCAUUCCUGCAUUCUUACCUGCAAGCUCCGCUGGACGACAAUGGUUCAUCUUUUAUCGAGGGCAAUGGAUGCUGAUUACAUACAUAUGGGUUCUUGAAACGAACACAGGUGCAACUUUGCGUGUUGGCUACCUGCGAAUAGCUGGGACAAUUCUUGGGGCGCUUUAUGGCUAUAUUGCUUCCUUGAUAAGUCAAAACAAUCCUUACGCUCUUGUAGCCCUUGUUACGUUUGCCGAGAUCCCUAUCAGCGCCGCCAUCAUGCGCACUUCUUUCCCUUCAGUAGGAGUUGUUGCCAACAUAACACUCCCUCCCAUCCUAUUCUCCAACUACAUCACUGGGAUGGAUUUUGCUACAGGCGAACUGGCGACAAUACGGGGGAUGAUGAUAUGUGCCGGUAUAGCUGGUGCUGUCGUCGUGAACGGGUUUGUCUUUCCUCGACACGCAAGAGUCAUAUUCCUGGAUGGUAUUAGUCAAAUUUUAGAAUCUCUUACCAAGCUUUACAUGGGUUUGAGUCGUGAUUUGUUGCAAACUUUUGGAUCUCAAGGACGGAGUAAACAAAAAACAAUGAAGUCGGAAUUGCGUAUUCGCAAUGCUCUUCAGAGAAUGUCAAACCUGAUAACUUCCAUGGGAGAUGAACUCAGUUUAGUUCCUAUCCCAAUGAAGAAAUAUCGUCAUCUUGUGAGGACUCUUCAAAAGCUUCUAGAUUUGUUUACCGGCCUACGAAAAAUUCGUGAAAAUAUCCCUCGAAGAGAAACAGUGAUCGAAGUAGCGGAAGAGCGCCGCGAGCUAAUAUCCUGCAUCUGCGUAUCUCUUUUCGCUUGCGAGCAGGUGUUUUUGGCCCGGCACACAUUACCACAAUUUCUUCCCUCCUACCGACAAGCUUUGGAAAAUCUAAAGCAAUCCAUUGACCUGCAUAUUAGGAACACUCGCGAAAAGUUACACGGUCCUAUGGGCCUGUCGUUAAUAUACGCGCUAGCGGAAACAAACAUUUUGACGGAUAUAGUGGAGACAAUCGACGAAUUAUUGGAGCUUAGCAGGCAACUGUUUGGUACUGCGGCUUGGUUCGAUGGGCCACUGGAUGUAAACACUACAAGGAGCCUUAAUGAGCAAAUAGCAUUGUUUUAA